AUGAGUAAAAAAUCUAAACUUUCAUCUUUGGAUGCUUUUGCAAGACCUGAUGAAGAAGUACGUAUUCGUACUAAGAUGGGAGGUAUAAUAACGAUAAGUUGUAUAUUGACUACGUUAUAUUUGUUAUCUUGGGAAUGGUCUAAAUUUAGAGAGGUUAUCAGUAAACCCCAGCUAGUUGUUGACCGGGAUCAUUCUUCCAAAUUGGAAUUGAAUUUGGAUAUUAGUUUCCCAAAUGUUCCUUGUGAUUUCAUCAACUUGGAUAUUAUGGAUGAUUCUGGUGACUUGCAGUUGGAUGUAUUGGAAUAUGGGUUCACCAAGACUAGAUUGGAUCCUGAUGGUAAAGUAUUGGAGACGGAUGAUUUCGAUAUGUAUAAACAAGAUGGUGCACCAUCUACCGAUCCAAACUAUUGUGGUCCAUGUUAUGGCUCAAUAGAUCAAUCAAAGAAUGAUGAAGUUGAAGCAAGUGAGAGAGUAUGUUGUCAAACUUGUGAGGAUGUUCGUAAAGCUUAUGUUAAGGCAGGUUGGGCAUUCUAUGAUGGUAAAGGAAUCGAACAAUGUGAACAAGAAGGUUAUGUGAAAAAAAUUAAUAGUCAUUUAAAUGAGGGAUGUAGAGUUGCGGGAAGUGCUUCUUUGAAUAGAAUUCAAGGGAAUAUUCAUUUUGCUCCAGGGAAAUCUUUCCAAACUGUACGUGGCCAUUUUCAUGAUCAAUCUUUGUAUGAAAGAAAUCCUCAAUUAAAUUUUAAUCACAUUAUUCAUCAUUUUAGUUUUGGCAAAGAGAUACCUACAAAAUUGGCUUCUAGACAUUCAAAAAAUAUAGUAAAUCCAUUGGAUGGUCGUUCUGUUGCUCCAGAGAGAGAUACUCAUUUACAUCAAUUUUCCUACUAUACUAAAAUCGUUCCAACGAGAUUCGAAUACUUGAACAAAGCAGUUGUAGACACUGCUCAAUUUAGUGCUACUUACCAUGACAGGCCUUUGAGAGGUGGUGCUGAUGAUGAUCAUCCAAAUACGUUCCAUUUUAGAAGUGGUAUACCAGGUGUCUUCUUCUUUUUCGAUGCUUCUCCAAUUAAAGUAAUUAAUAAAGAAUACAUUUCUGGAAGUUGGUCAUCUUUCUUUUUGAAUUGUAUAACAAGUAUUGGUGGUGUUCUUGCAGUUGGUUCCAUGUUGGACAGACUGAUGUAUAAAGCACAAAGAUCUUUCUUGGGUAAGAAGAGUCAAUGA